UUGCUGGUGUGCAUACAACAUAAUGAUGGCUAUGGCAGGAGUCUUCUCAGCCUUUGUCUUCAGGAGAUACCGAUCCUUCUAAGAUGCAAGCACUAAAGCACUGGGUACGUCAAAAGCUCCCAUCAUCUGCCAGAGAUGAAGGCGAUGGAGGCAGAGAAAUUCUCGAUGAAGAUGAUGCAGAAAGGUUGUUCGCGCAUGUGAAACGAUUGAUGCAUGAAGCGAUUCACCUGAAGAAUUCUGUGCUUCCCGAUGGAUUGCUCGAGGAUCUUUGUCAGGGUUAUCGUCACCUGGAUCGAAAUUUCAGGCAGCAAGCUUUGCGAUUUUUGGCGAUUAAUUUCGGUGUUGACGAUGCUCGCGUGCGACGGUUACUGAAUCAUUACAUCUCAAUGCCUCCUGCCUCAGGUGGGAGUGGAGAUGGAGCAGUUCACGGUGGACGACAGGCAGUGAAAGCAGAUGAUGACAUGUUGGGCGCGCAUCUGCGAAUCGAAAGGGAAUUGAGGAGUGCGUUGACUCCGUUAUCAGCACGUUUUUUCGAACAAAUCAACAGUCGGCCUGGUGGGCUGAAGUUCCUUGUGGAUUUACGAGGAGAUCUGUUGGCGUUUCUAGGAGAGAGAAAUGACCCAGCACUGCGGACGCUUGAUGGAAUCCUUCAUGGUAUGCUUGGCACGUGGCUGAGCCCUGCGUGUGUGGAGAUGAGGAGAAUAACGUGGGAUGAUCCAGCGUCCUUGCUGGAGAAGAUUGUGGCUUACGAGGCAGUGCAUCCAAUAAGCAGCAUCCUUGACUUAAAGAGAAGGCUUGGUGAUUGCCGGAGAUGUUUUGCAUACUUUCAUCCUUCCAUGCCAGGAGAGCCAUUAGUCUUCAUCGAAGUUGCGCUCACAAAUGGGAUCAGCAGCUCAAUUCAGCUGUUUCAAGAGAUGGCGUUAGCGCAAUCCGGAGGGGUAUUCCCGAUGGGGCAACCACCAGGAGCCAUGCCGCCAAUGGCUCAGCCAAGCUUUGGAGGAGGUUUUCAGCCCUACCAAGGAUUUCGUCCAACAUGCCUUUUUCCAGGGGGAGAGCAAGGGAACCCGCAGGAGGACACCAGGGGAGGACCAAGUACCAGCCAUACGCCUUCGGGAGUGGACCGUUCUGGUUCGAUGCAGCCUGGAGGGAGAAUUCGAGGAAGCACUCCGGGGAAACAUAGACGAGUGGACAGCGAAGGACAUGAUGUGCAAAGAGAAGGCUCAACGACUUCCAUUCCAGGAUCGGAGGAAUCCGGGGAUCGAGUCACGGUGAUUGGCACCCUCGGAAUGAAGACUACGAGGAGUCGCACACCAACAGCACUGAGCCGAGGGCAACUGGAGAGUGUUGAGAGCAGAAUUCUGCCGAUAAUGUGCAUUGCGGCUAAGGAGACGUUUUCARUGAUAGCUUGGGGUAGCGCAGAUGGAGCUGCASAGCUAUAUACCGCAGCUUCCCCGGAGCAGCCGAUGCCUACUGCGGUAGCGAAUAUUAUCCAGGCAGCCGUGAGGGGAAAGUUUUACGUCCGAAUGAUCCCGGACGUACCAAUGGCUAGGUUYAUUUUGGACCUGGAGAACGGGAAGAAGAUGAAGUUUUUUGCUCCAAUCUUYGAYGCUCGGAUGGAGAUGGCGCAGCUGUCCAAAUUAGAACAAGAAGGUACGAGGCUCCUUCCGUUGGGCUGGUUCGCAGAAGGUAAAAGACAAGAACUCAGAAGAAUCAGGGUUCCGCCGUUCCGAACUGGGGAAUUCCUGGCAGAAUUAAACGGCAAGCUGACAAGGGACAAGAAAUUGAACUCCAAGUAUAUCAAAGACUUCCUCAUGGCGCCAUGGGAGCAGCAACCUUCAUCGACCGGGAUAGCUCACCCCAUCCAACAGGGAAGCGGGAGACAGAGCUCAAAUGGGUAGACUUCGCAUGGCCACAUGGAAUCUAUGAGGCCUGGUUGAUGCAUCAGGUAAGUUCAAGAAGGCUAGGUUAAAGUCUUGGAUUCACGAGA